UACACCAUUACCUAAUUAAGUAAGAUUUUCCGUUGAUUUUCGAUUGACUACCGUCAUAUUUUCGCCUCUGACACCUUUCUGAACGGGACUCGCUCCGUGGCCAAUUCGAUUCGAUUUGAUUUGAUUUUGUAGAGACAGUUAACCAGGCCCUAAAGUAAAAUUUUCUUUUCGCAACUUGCUUUCUGCAAGCCGAGGAAAAAAAAAAUUGGUGUAUCGAAACCCAAUGCCCCUCCGCCACAUCGCUAUCCCCUCAUCGCCGGGGCGUAUUCCUCCUAGGUGCCCGACCUACGCCCUUGCAAACCGCAUCCAGUCGAAACUGCAGCAGGAAUUACUUGCUUGGAAAGCUUCGCCGGUUGCCCCGCCUCCCGUUCCCGCCUUGAUCUCCUUUACACCCGCGCCUACGUAUACCCUCGGUCGACGGCAGACCGAGCCUCUAUCCACCGAGGAGCUUGCGCGCCUACGUGCCCCACUGCGCGUUCUCCAGUCUCGUAGCGGCGACGCCGAUGAUAAGGUCAAUGGCAACGACAAGGCAUUCGCUUUCACACCCGAAGUCCUCCACGCGCCCCGCGGCGGUCUUGCGACGUACCAUGGUCCAGGACAAGUUGUUUUGUGGCCGGUAAUCGACUUGCGAUCACCAUUACAUACACAUUUCGGCGUUCGCGAAUAUACGUGUUUGCUGGAGAAAACGACGAUCGCGACACUACGGCGGCUGUACGGCAUUGAGGGAUUCACGACGUCAAAUCCGGGGGUGUGGGUGCGGCAUUCGGGGACUGAAGAGAGAAAGGUAUCGGCUCUAGGUGUACAUCUUCGGCGACAUGUCACGGGUCUCGGUGUUGCUAUCAACUUUGGUAUGCCAGUUGCUGGACCCGAAGAUGUUAAUCCAUGGGCCCGUAUCAUAGCAUGUGGGCUAGGCGAUAAAGGUGUUACGAGUGUAGCAGCACAACUUAAAUCGCCUAGCACACCUCGCGGUGAAGAUAUUGCUACGGCAUGGGUCGCUGAAUUUGCUACUCGUCUGGAGAUACAUGACAAUACGGAUGGCGGCCUUGCUGUUGAGCAACAUAACUGGGAUCGCCUCGAGACGGAACUCCAGAUUGGUCGAGAAAGCCAAGACUAUAUCGAAGCUCGAGAAUUGCUGACGUAAUUGGUACCACCACGUUCUCGAACCUCUAUCGUCUACACAAAACCUCACUUCCUCCAAUGCCAUUAC